CCUCCCUCCGACCCCUCCGCUACCUCUCCUCCUUCUCCCCUCGUGUCUCUUGUCUCAUCCUCACCCUAAGACUUUAUUUAAUUUCUGCUCAGUAUUCCCCUGUGUUACAACCUGGGGUAUCGCCAUUGCUUCCACCCCUUUUAGCUCGAGCUGCUACCGCCUUAGCCAUCCAGGCGGGCCCCCGUCGGUAGUCCCUCUCCCAGCUAACUUGACCACCUCCUCUUCACUGUCUCUCACUUUUUUUGUGCCAACCCACCCCCUCCGUUUAUUUCCCCCCCCUCCCUCUUGUGGCGCAUAGUGUUGGAAUAUCUCAGAAAGGAGGUUCGCUCCUCCUGAGCUAUACCCAUCAUGGCUGACAACGCAGCACGACACCCCAAUCUCAAUCUGACCCCCGAGGAAAAGCGCGUCUUCUACCAGCUCUUUCAGGCCGCUGAUACCACUAACCUGGGCGUCAUCACUGGCGAGGUUGCCGUGCCUUUCUUCGAAAAGACCCAAUUGGCUCCGGAAACCCUCGGCUUGAUAUGGCAGAUCGCGGAUAAGGAGAACAGGGGUCUAUUGACCCCUUCCGGGUUUGGCGUCGUUCUCCGCUUGAUCGGACACGCUCAAGCGGGUCGCGCACCGACAGAGGAACUGGCUUACCAACCCGGUCCCCUGCCGCAAUUCGAUGGCAUCUCCGUUGAUGCCGCCGCCCCUGGCCCACCUACUCCGCGCGAGGCAGGCACCACCAGCCCUACCCCCGCAGCAGGCGGCCCUAUUCGUGUCCCUCCGUUGAACCCCGAGGACGUGAACAAAUUCCUAUCGCUGUUCGAUAAAUCAGAUGUUGCUAAGACCGGCGUCCUUUCAGGUACGGAUAACUUCCCCCUUUCCGUUCGAGACAGGGCUCGAUGGGCUCGGACAUGUUUGGCUCAUACAACGGCGCAAUCUACAGGGGAGACAGCUAAGCAGAUCUUCGAGCGUGCACGGUUGCCGAACGAAAUCCUCGGCCGCAUCUGGAACCUAGCAGAUGUAAGGCAACAGGGCGUGCUUGAUGCGACGGAGUUCGUCAUUGCAAUGCAUCUUCUCACUUCGUACAAAUCAGGCGCAAUGAGGGGAAUCCCGCAAACUUUGCCUCCGGGCCUGUAUGAUGCAGCUUCGCGAAGAGGAUCGGUUCGUUCAUCGGUUGGCUCACGUCAGGGCUUGGAUGUUCCCCCUGUCCCUGCUAUUCCAAAACAGUUCACUGGGCCGCAGCGGACCCAGAGCCCGAUCAAUCGGCCCUUCGGAUCGCCUCUGGCUCCUCAGUCUACUGGCGGGGAUUGGCUGGUUUCGCCCCAAGAAAAAGCAAUGUUUGACAAUAUCUUUGCGACUGUCGACACCGCCAAGGUAGGAUCUGUAAGCGGUGACCAGGCCGUUGCGUUCUUCAUGGGGGCACAACUGCCAGAGGAGACCCUUGCCCAAAUCUGGGAUCUUGCAGAUAUCGAUGCCGAUGGACGUUUGACGAAGGAUGAGUUUGCCGUGGCCAUGUAUCUGGUUCGGCAGCAGCGGACUGGAAAGAACCCAUUGCCACAGACCCUGCCCCCGGCUCUGAUUCCUCCCAGCAUGCGUCGCCCUGGGUCUGCUCACAUCGCUCCACCAGUUGCUGCUCCCGCACCAGUUCCUGCACCAGCUCCCGCCCCUGCUCCUAAGUCGGCGGCGGAUGACUUGUUUGGUCUGGACGCUUUCACAGCACCUGCACCUCCUAUUGCUCCUUCUCAAGUGCCGCAGUCCACGGGCGGUUCGAACGCGGCUUUCCAGACACCGAGCUCUCCCGGAUCCCGAACUUCCCCACCAACAGCUUCGUCAACGUUCAAGCCGUUUGUGCCCACGUCCACGUUUGGCCAAAGCUUGCAGCCACAGAUGACUGGUGCCUCUGCUGGUGCAUCGCCAACUAUCCGGUCACCACCGCCGCCUGCCGAUGACCUGUUGGGCGACAAUGAUCCCGAGGAGUCCAAAAAGUUGACACAGGAGACUACAGAGCUCGCCAACCUGUCUAACCAGAUUGGUUCUCUCGCCAAUGAGAUGCAGAAUGUCCAGUCGAAGCGAACUUCGGCCGAGCGUGACCUGUCCCAGACCUCCCAACAGAAGCGUGACUUUGAAACUCGCCUUGCGCAGGCUAGGACAAUGUAUGAGCAGGAGGUCAAGAACUUCAAAGCUCUUGAGGAGCGGUUGAAUGCCUCGAGAGCCGAAACAAACAAAUUGCAACAGGAGUAUGCUCUUCUAGAGGGCAGCCGGCAGGAUCUGCAAAAUCAAUACAAUCAGGUGUCGACUGCCCUGGCUGCUGACCAGCAAGAGAAUGCAAACUUGAAGGAGAAGAUCCGUGAAGCCAACGCUGCGGUUGCUCAGCUUAAGCCUGCCCUAGACAAGGCACGCUCGAGUGCCCGUCAGCAGAAAGGUCUUGUAGCGAUCAACAAGAAGCAGCUUGCAACUGUGGAAGGCGAGAGAGAUAAAAUCAAGGAGGAGAUUGACACUCUUUCACAGGAGCAGUCCAGAGAACCCGAGGAGGCUGCUGCCGUCGCAAGCGAGGCUGCUGCUGUUACAAGCCCUGCUGAAUCUACAGCAAGCCAGAACACCAACCCGUUCUUCAAGCGCACGGCCACUGGCUCCAGCGACAAUAACGCACUAUCACCCCAGAUCUCGAAUGAUCAGCAGCGUGCGUUUGACAGCCUCUUUGGCACCUCCUUCGUGUCUCCUGCUACAGCUGCCACUCCUCCCCCGCCCGUCUCUUUCAAGGCCGAGUCGCAGCCGACCUCGGGAAUUCCGACCCCUUCAGUGUCUCCACCCCCUUCUGUUGGUGCUACUGCUGCGUUCGAGCCACCUGCGCUUUCGCAAUCAAGGCAACUCACACCAAACGUGCUGCCAUUCGGCGAAGAUCACUCGGUUACCUCUUCCACCCGAGUCUCGCCUCCUGGUAGCAGGUUUGGUGGUCCAGACACGGCUAGUGAAGUAGCGGCUUCCACCCCAACAGAGCAAGUCAAGGCCGUGGCUUCGCCUUUUGACGAGUUUGACGAGCCGAAGGAACGCUUCCCUGAAGUGCCUGAUGUCGCUGAUCAUACUCCCGCGAGUGGCGAUUCAGCCACGUCUGCCGAGAAUCCUACAGAAAAGAAGGAUCUUAGCUUCGAUGAGCUAUUUGGCGGGCCAGCUCAUAAACGAUCUCAGUCUCAGAACAAGAAUGAUUUCGAGGAGGCUUUUGCUGCUAUGAAGAAUGGUCCCGGGCCAAGCAAGCCCAAUGGUGCAGCACCUAUUGCUCAAUCUGAAUUCCCUCCAAUCCGUGAACUCGAUGACGGGGACGAAAGCUCAGACAGCGAAGCGCCCUUGGGUUUUGAGGAUGAUUUCGCCCCCGCCUUCCCCCCUCAGAGCCAGGUAGGAGGAGAACCUAAACCUGAUAUUCUUGAAACACCUCAACCAGCAGCUUUCCCUUCGCCGGGCGCCGCCGCCACUCCCAGUGAACCUCCUGAUGCGGAGGCUCAGCGCAGCCCCCCGAACUACGAAGAGACGGUAGGAAAGCAAGAGCCAGGAAGUAUACCUCCCGAGUUCAACGGACUAUUGCCGAGCCGUGAGGACCCGACAACUGCUGCCGAUGCACCUCACUCAGUGGAGACAAGCACGGGCGCCCCGAUCGUCGGGGGAGAGCCCCAGCGCGAUCACCAUGAGGAAACCAAGGUCGCCCCUCAAGAAGCCAAGCCCAAUGCUCCCGAUUUCGAGGCUGCAUUUGCAGGACUUGACCUGGCUCCCGCCAAGGAGGCAGAGGAUGACGAUGACGACUUUGAGACCGUGGAGAACAAGAAUGACAUGGACUUCGAUUUCUCCUUCGAUAACCCGGCCCAGAAGACGUCACAGAAUGUUGCAGCCUCCUCUUCAGAAUUCUUCGAUUUCAACAAGGAUGCCACCGCCUCAUCUCCGGGCUUUGCCGCGUCUGACCCUGACGCGAAUUCCCAGGCGCAGACGCACAACUGGGAAGAGCUCUUUGCUCCUCUUGACAAUGCCAAUGCAUCAGCAAGCGGGGCCAACGGUUCCAGCACCGCGAAUGAUUCUGCCCAAGCAAACAAGCCACCAGGAUGGGCUCUUCAGACCGGCACCGAGGAUGACCAGAUCCUCCAACGCCUGACCAACAUGGGCUUCCCCCGUGAAGAAUCUCUCGCUGCUCUCGAACAGUUCGACUAUAAUAUUGACAAGGCCGUCGAUCACCUGACCUCCAAAGCUUAACGCUCUCUCAACAUUUCCAGAAAUGAUGGAACCCUCCAAGUGCACAUAGUCUCGACUCUCUCUUGUCCUUAGCCGUCCAUUCGCUCCACACGUCAAUUUUCCUUAUCUCUCUGUCACGUCAUCAUAACUUUCCACAUUUUCCUCAUCCUCUUUUCCUUAUCUUUCAUGUCUCUACGUCUUGCCCCCCUUUUCACCCUGCAUACUUGCUGCUAUGUAUCUGUACAUCGUCUUUCUUUCUCGGUGGCAUUUUCCCUCUCCGACCAACCUGUUUCCUCACGACUUACCCUAUUAUCUACCAUUACUAUCAUUGUCACCGUGUAAUCUAGGAAUACCUAUUUGCUUCUCGAUUUC